AUGUCAUCCUCACCAAAAGCAUCGGAUGCUGCCGCUUCUGCAGCCAAAUCAGACAAGCCGGAAUUCCAGUCUUAUUUGAACAAUGACGGGAUUGACGAAUUAACACCUGCAGAAAGAAAGCACAGGGUAUCGUCUUUAUCGUUAACUGAUUUGAACAAUUGGCAAAAUGGUUUGACGAAGUUAUCAUCAUCGACUUCUUUGAACAAAUCAUCAUCUCAGAACUUAAAGAAGGUGGAUUCUUUGGCAAAGAUGUCAAGAAAUUCUUCGAUCAUCAAGAGAAAGAAGAAGAGUGUUGUUGAUCACGUCAGAGUUGCAUCUUACGCUUUUUGUUUCGAUAUUGAUGGUGUGAUAUUGAGGGGUCCAGAUACGAUUCCAGAGGCUGUGGAAGCCAUGAGGUUGUUGAACGGCCACAACAAAUACAAUAUCACCGUGCCUUCGAUUUUCGUGACGAAUGGUGGAGGUAAACCAGAACACGUCAGAUCGGAAGACUUAUCCAAAAAGUUGAACUGUACCAUAACUCCAGAACAGAUCAUUCAGGGGCACACUCCUAUGAAGGAUUUAGUUGGUGUAUAUGAAAACGUGUUAGUUGUUGGUGGUUUAGGCAAUGUUUGCCGUAACGUGGCUCAAUCUUACGGAUUCAAAAAUGUUUAUACCCCAUUCGAUGUGUUGAAGUGGAACCCAGCUGUUUCACCAUACCAUGAUUUGACCGAAGAGGAAUUGAAAUGCUGUAGAGAAGUUGACUUCUCUAAGGUUAAGAUCGAUGCCAUCAUGGUGUUCGCUGACUCGAGAAAUUGGGCUGCAGAUCAACAGAUCAUUUUAGAAUUGUUGUUGUCUAAAGAUGGUGUAAUGGGAACUCAAUCUAAAACUUUUGAUGAGGGUCCUCAAAUCUACUUUGCCCACUCUGAUUUCAUCUGGGCUACUAAUUACAAAUUGUCUAGAUAUGGUAUGGGUGCUUUACAAGUUUCGAUAGCUGCUUUAUACAAGGAACAUACUGGUAAAGAAUUAAAAGUCAACAGAUUUGGUAAACCACAAAAGGGUACCUUCAAGUUUGCUAACAAAGUGUUGAGUAACUGGAGACAAGGUGUUUUGGAUGAGCAUUUGAAGAAAUUAUCAAUCAAUGAUCCUAAUGCGGAUGAGGCUGAUAUCUUGAUCAAUGAUGAAGGUGAAGAAAUUAUCAAUCAAUCAAAAUUAGAAUCGUUCGAAGGUCUUGAUGAAUCUGAUGAGGAAGACCCUUACAAGGAACCUUUGGCUGUUGUUGGUAAACAAGAUAAAAUCACUUUAGAGUUACCACCAGCAUCAACGGUCUAUUUUGUUGGUGAUACUCCAGAAUCAGAUAUCAGAUUUGCAAAUUCACACGAUGUGUCGUGGUUCUCAAUUUUGGUUAAGACCGGUGUUUACCAGGAAGGUACCGUUCCAAAGUACAAGCCAAAACAUUUGUGUGAAAAUGUGCUUGAAGCCGUUCAAUUUGCUAUCGAGAGAGAACAUGCAAUGGAAUUGGAAGAAUGGAAUGAAACCGCUGAUGUUGAAGACGACAAGGGCUCUAGAGUCAACUUUGCCGAUUUGAUGAUGACUCCUAGUGAAAAGGAAGAAAAGUCUAAGGCAAAUACUGUUGACGACCAUGAAGCUGUUGAAGUUCCAGUGGUAUUAAAUGAGCAAAUCGAAAAGAUCAAGGAUGUUCAAGUCUAG